AUGUACGAGAACGAUGUUUUUAUUUUUGGUUCAAAAACGCUUCUUGCAACGUUCACACGUGAUAUAGUGUCAUUGUUACCUCUGGAAUUGUCUUGGGAAAUUUUCUCUUAUCUAGACGACACUUCACUGCGCAAUGCUACGAAAGCAUAUGAAACGUGGUACAGGAUAAUAAUAGCAAAUAAAAAGUUACGGUAUAGACUAAACUUCUUCGAAUUGGUGAUUAAAACUGGCUCUGAGAAUCUGGCAAAGUUUUAUAGAAGAAACAAACGGUUAUUGAACAAGAAGAAAUCUAGAAAUUAUUUAGCAUCUGGUGAAUGCGCAGUUCAGACAACAAAAUCAACAAUCUAUAGAAAAAGAAGUGGGGAUGAAUUGGUAAUAUAUACAAAGCGAUAUAAAUUGUUUUGA